AACUCACUCCCCACCACCUCCCAGACGUCAUAAUAAUAAUAAUAGUUUAAAAUCCUGCAUCUUUUCCAUCUUUUCCCUCUCUGCUUGCAAUUCCCCCGCAGGGGCUGCAUGGCUAAUGACUUCCCCCACCCCUUCCAUAUUUCAUUUCUUCUUGCAAAGGUUUUCGGUCCCGUUUUUUCUGUUGUCAUCCUUUCCCUGCUGCCUGCAAAUCUCUUUUUCAGUGACAGCAUCUCUGUUUUUUUCUCUGCUCUUCUCCGCCGGCCGCUUGAGGGAGCCGGUUCUUGAUGGAUCCUCAUUUCUUUCUUUCUUUCUUUUUUUUUUUUUUUAUUUAAUUGGACUAUAAAUUAGAAAACAGAGAAGGAAAGGAGGCGCAGACCGGCACUGGCUCCAGGCAGAAUAAGAUGAUCCUGCCUUUAAGAAAUCUCCUGCAAGGAUUGAAUUGAAUUGAAUUUUCAGCCCUUCUGAAAUUGCCCCAUUUUGCAGAGUUCCAGCCAGCCUCCCCAAAAAUGGGGUCUUUCCUCCUUUCCUGCCUUUUUGCAUUCUUUUAUCUGGGCGCCUCUCAAAAUAUUCCCCGGCUGAGGCUGAUUCCGAAAGAUGCCGUGACCCGAACUUUCAAUCAGAAGGAAAGGCUGAUGGCCAUGUUCCAUGAGGCUGGGUCCCCUCAGCUGAUUGUCGGAGGGCGAGGGAAUGUGUGGAUUCUGACAUUUGUGGGUUCUGAAAUCACGCCCACGGAGGUGCCAGUGCGUGUCGAAGAGAAGGCCGAGAAGGAUUGUAAGAGAGCAGAGAAGGGCAACUGCGACAACUUCAUCCAGAUGAUUGAAAGGAUAGAAGAUAAAACCCUGGUCUGUGGCACGAAUGCGGGCUCUCCCAAAUGCUGGAUUCUGGUCAACACAACACUGCAGAGAAGCAGCCAGGGCCAAAUUUUCACCAUGCUGGGGGAGAAUGUCGUCUCAUCCUCACCCUUGCAAAAUGCCGUCACCAUCGCCAUCGAAGACAGCCUCUACUCCGCCUUGUCCGGGAAUAAAAGUUCCUUCCAGAGGAGUUAUGGACGGAAAAAAGGGAUCAAGACAAGGGACAGUUGGCUCAGCAAUGCUGAGUUUGAAGGAGCAACCCUCUUCCCGCAUAAAGACCGAAGGAAAGACGAAAUUUUCUUCUUCUACAAUGAGGUCAACCGGUCAGCCGGUCUGGAUGAGGAGCUGUACAAAGUUUGGCUUGGACGCGUGUGCAAGAUGGAUCAGGGAGAGAAACCAGCCUCGGGGGAUUUCUGGAGCACCUUCCUCAAAGCUAGGCUGGUGUGUGGAAACCCCCACCAACCUCUGCUUUUCCACCACCUGGAGGACACCUUCGUUUUCAGAGAGGAGGGCCAGGCCGAGACAACGUUGUACGGGGUCUUCUCCAGCCCAUGGGGCUCCUCUGCGGUUUGUUCCUACUCGAUGAAUCGGAUCAGCUCCUAUUUUGAAACUUCCAAAUUCAAGGAUGCUCCGGGCUCCGUCCCUCAUCCUAGACCUGGCACGUGUGUUCCGCCAGAUUCCAGCUCUUCCUUGGCCAAAAUGCUGGCCUUCAUUAAGGACCACCCAGAGUUAGAAGCCGUGGUCUAUCCCGAUGAGGAGCAGCCUCUGUAUGUCCUUCAGAUGAACGAUACGUACACUCAGGUGGUGGUGGACAAGGCGCGAGAUGCCAACAAUGUCUCCCGUGAUGUCCUCUUCCUUGGAACUGCCAAAGGGAAGAUCCAUAAAGUCCUCCGAAGCAAAGAACAGACGGUGAUCAUUGCUGAGUUAAGUCCCUUCAAGGCUGAAGCACCCAUCACCCAGAUGAUCCUGGAUGCCACCACGGGCCAUCUCUACGUGAGCACCGAGUUUGAAGUCACGCGUCUACCCUUGCAAGACUGCAGCCAAUAUAAUGGAAAUUGCUGGAACUGCAUCUUGGCCCGGGACCCUUACUGUGGGUGGGAUGCAGCUGGAAAGACUUGUUCCGCCGUCUCCCAGGAAAACCACACCAACAGGUUGAUUCAGAACCUGGAUUUAUCCAGCACCACUCAGGCUUGCAAAGCAGCGGAAGAAAAAUUAGCUGAGGACGCCAUCAAGAAAGUCAGCGUAGAUCGCACGGCUUACAUCUACCUGCCCUGCCCGCUGAAGUCCCACCACGCCAGCUACAGCUGGGUCAAGGACAAGAAGGUUUACCCCUGUGCCAUGGAGGACCAAUCCUGCACGCUUCGCUUUGGGCAGCACACGCCGAUCGACGAAGGCGUCUUCAAGUGCACGGCUAGAGAAAAAGGCUACAAGGAGGAAAUUAUGGGUUUUGAGGUCACUCUGAGUAGCGGAGUCAUUCCGGAGCUCGCUCUGAUGCUUUCUGGCACCGCGUUCCUCGCCAUCACGAUCCUCUUGCUAUAGAUCACCAGAUCCGUAGCUAGGAGCGGAUCCCAUCACACUGCCAAAAAAAAAUCUUUUUUCCAUCGCUGUCCUUUUUUUAAAUUUAAAAAAAAAAAGAAUUGGCUUUGGAUACAUCGAGCCGCUCCUACCGAUGCUCUCGGCCAUACCGAGGACCCCAAAUUCCAGGAGAGAGACCCGGGUCUCCGUCUGGCAGCUUCGCACGUGCGUUUUUUGAUCCCCCACCCCACCCCACCCGGGUCACCAGGCUGUCCAACCGUAGACACAAGGUUUGUCAUUUCCAGAAGAGCAGAAGAAUUGUUGGUGGUAGGAGAGUAGCACUUACGGGUAGGAGUGGUACGGGUAGGUGGUAGGAGGUGGCACUUACGGGUGCCAGGAAAAUAAAUGUGGGGGGGGUUCUUCCUGGGGAGAUAAAGCGACAGAUGAGUUUAUUCUGAUCUGGAAAUGAAAUUUAAGGAAGUCCCUCUAAGGAAUGAGGGUCUCAUUUGGCUACCUGGUGACCUUCGCCGACUCGGUUUCCUUCCAGCUUUGAUUGAAGAUCAAAAUAUUUCCAGGUUUUUUGCAAGAAAUAUAUUCCGGGCAUGAGGUCUUAUCCUGUCUUUUUAACUCUUCAUGUUGCAUGUGUGCUACGCAACUGCAAUUUUUUUAAGAAAAAAAAAAUGGCCACAAAGAUCCGAGCCAGUGAUGACUUUUAGUUCAAAGGGAGAAAAGUGUAGAAAAAUAGCAUUCACAACUUCGGCGUUUUUUUUUAAAUUUGCGGCAAGGGUUCAACUCACACCCGGACUCCAAAAAUCUUAUUUUUGCACCGACAUUCCUCCGAUAUAAUAAGAAAACGUAACCUUUAAAGACUUGGAGAUGCAUCUGUGGCCGGAAAGGAAAAAAAAUGGAAUCGUAUUUAAUUAUAUUUUAUAAGCGAGUUGGAUCCGUCGGCUACGAGAAUCACUCGAUAGUAGCAAAUGUCCAUUUUGAGUUGUGCGACACAGGUUUUGAUUCCAGUUAAGCACCAAGGCAUCGCAUCCAGGAAGUAUGUUUGCACCAAGCUGGGCUGCAUCCAAUGUGACAACUUCUAAACUGCUUUGUGUGUCUGUGUGUCCAGUUGUUCCACCGUGGACUUUCCAUGGAUUAACUCUGGGGGCUUCUAAACUCCGAUGGGUAACGAUUUCUAUUUUCUCAAAGGCUCUCUGGCUGAAUCAUAUUAUCGAGCCUACUGUAUCACAGAUUUGCUAAAAAAAAAAAAAAAGCUACUGCCAAAUUCAGCUCUAUACAGAAGAAUUGUGCACCGGGAAACAGGAAGUGGUAGUUCAUUGGUGGCUCUCAUCAGUAUAUUUCCAUUUUUAUGAGAGAUAAAUCAUGUAUAGGUAAAUCGUGUAUAAAAAGGUAGGUUGGACAGCUAUUUGAAGUGGUAUAGGUCUCCUGCUUGAGCAGGGUUGGACUAGAAGACCUCCAGGGUCCCUUCCAACUCUGUUAUUCAGUUAAGUAGAAGGUGUCAGCCAUCACUCAGGGAGUUUGAUCUAGUAGUUCAAGGGUGAACGUAUUGGAAGAGCAAAGGUCUGGAUUCGAAUCCAGAUGCCACAGCUCCCUGGACUUGGCCCCGUUUGUUUCCCCCCCUCUCUCGGCCUAAGCUACCCCACAUUUGAGCUCCUGGAUCAAGAUAUAAAUGAAAGAAAUUGCUCCAGCUGCAUCUUAAGUAGCAGAACAAGGCUUGAGCUGUGGGCUGGAGUAGAUGAUCUCCUUACAAAAUCUCCCCUUUUCACGCUCAGGAUCUUUUAUUAUACAAACAGGAAUGAUCUAUUUGUUUUCAGAAUUAUUUUUAUGGAUUUUUUUUUAAAAAAUAUAGAAAUAAUAAGAAAUCUGCCCGCAGAAGUGAUUUAAGCUGUCUUUGCUACAAGACAUACAUUCACAUGAAUGAAAAUUAAUUCCUCUUUGUGCAAAAGAGCAAACGCCUAACACUUUUUUUUUUGUUAAAGUUAUAUAUCUUUUGAUCCCAGAGAAAAACCAGACAAGAGAGCUUCAGUCCACCUGAAUGCUGUUCAAUUAAAUUUAGCCCAUCUCCCUUUAAAUCUUCCACCACGGAUUAAAAUCCCUGAAGCCUGCACAUAUUUCUGUGCCAUCUUUUCGAAGGUCCUGACAUUAAAGUCUGAAAAGCUUUUCUGGAAAACAAGAAACAAUAGAAAACCAUUUUUUCCCAGCAUAAUAAUAGAAAAGCAGAGACAUAUUCCAGGGAAAAAGGGGGAAGGAGAAGGAAAUGGAUUUAAUAUGAAAUAAAGAGAGAAUUGUUGCUAAUAAUCUGCGAUUUGAAGACUUCAUUAUCAUCCUUUCCAAUACAGAAUUGCCCAGCAAAAUUCUGUCCAAUUUUUGCAAUUAUUAUCACUCUGUGUACAUGAUUAAAACAGCAGCUUGCAAAAUCCUAGCCUCUUGUUAAAAACUAACAUAUCUGCGGUCCUUGUUGUUUUUAAAAUCUUAUUUAUGGAUUGCUUUGCUCGUUUGUAAUGUUAUCUGUCUUUCUCAAUACACGCAGUUACAUUCUCUA